CGCAUGCAUGCUCAUCUUAGGCCUAAAAUCUAGGAGUCUAGAAGAAAGUACAAAAGAAAUUUUUAAAAAUUACUUCAUGCAUUGCGUCACAAACAUACAAGUGUGCACUAUCAAUUACCUUUCCUUUCAACUUUGAACUCUCACAUAUAUCCUCUUAUACACUUUAAUCUAUUAACAGGAAGUGAUUCAUUCAUAAAUCAUGGCAAGCACUCCUUAUAGUAAUAUUCCAUCUCAAACAAAAGCUUGGGUCUACUCUCAAUAUGGAGACAUAGAAGAGAUUCUCAAGUUUGAUCCAAAUGUACCUACACCACACCUCAAGUAAGACCAGGUUCUCAUCAAGGUUGAGGCUGCAGCCCUUAAUCCUGUAGAUUCCAAGAGAGCUCUUGGCCAUUUCAAGGACAUUGACUCUCCUUUACCUGUAACAUUCUCUUAACCUUGUUCUUCUACCAAAGUUAGUUUUAAAGGCCAUUACAUUUUAGCACAUUAUGUUUCGUUCUUCUUUUCUUUUCAUCUUACAAUUGUUCAAUUUUGUGUUUUGUGUCAAAAAGACUGUUCCGGGGUACGAUGUUGCAGGUGUGGUGGUCAAAGUGGGAAGCCAGGUGAAGAAACUAAAGGUGGGGGAUGAAGUUUAUGGUGAUGUUAAUGAGAUCACUUUGGACCAUCCAAAAACUGUUGGUUCUUUGGCAGAGUACACUGCUGCUGAAGAAAAAGUUCUUGCUCACAAACCCUCCAACUUGAGCUUUAUUGAAGCUGCUAGCCUCCCCUUAGCAAUCAUCACUGCUUAUCAAGGACUUGAAACAGCUCAGUUUUCUGCUGGCAAAUCUAUACUUGUUCUGGGAGGUGCUGGAGGAGUUGGAUCCCUUGUUAUUCAGCUCGCCAAGCAUGUUUUUGAAGCAUCAAAGAUUGCAGCAACUGCUAGUACUGGCAAACUGGAAUUUUUGAGGAAAUUGGGAGCAGACUUGCCUAUUGACUAUACAAAGGAGAAUUUUGAAGAAGUUUCAGAAAAGUUUGAUGUGGUGUACGAUGCAGUAGGGCAGAGUGACAGGGCACUGAAAGCUGUUAAAGAAGGGGGCAAGGUUGUGACAAUUCUGCCACCUGGAACUCCACCAGCUAUCCCCUUCUUACUCACUUCAGAUGGGGCAGUGUUGGAGAAACUGCAACCUUACUUGGAGAGUGGCAAGGUGAAGCCAAUACUGGAUCCUAAGAGCCCCUUUCCAUUUUCUCAGACUGUGGAAGCAUUUUCCUACCUCAACACUAGCAGGGCUACUGGGGAAGUAGUCAUAUAUCCCAUCCCAUGAGCAUAAUCAAUUAAUAGCAUGUUUGGUUAUGUUUAGUCAAACGCUAAGACUUGUAGCUUCUAAGUUCUAACUAUAAGUGAGUCUAGAGCAUUUCACCAUGUAACCGAACAUGCUAUAAGCAAAUAAACCUGUGGCCUUAACUUAUGCUAUUUUGGCUACUUGAAGGAAUGUGUGUGUUUGCAUGCCUGCAUAAAUUGUAAUAAUUAAAUCUCUUAGAGAUAUGCUUGUUUGUUAUUUUUUUUUAAUAAUUACCUUGUGUAUCAGUAUAUGGUUUAUCUUCUGGCUACAGAAUAUGCAAUC